AACCGCACGCGAGCGCGCUUUCGAGAAGGAUGAAGAAGCAGCUGUGAAGCAUCGAUCGUUAAAUCAGUUCGCCAAGGAAACAACAGCAACGACAACAACGCUGUGGCGAGCGCGGAGGAUGCCCGUGGAAAACAAGACGCCGCCCUCCCCGGACGCCGCGCAGUCGGCGGCCACGCCCGCCAGGCACAGCCGCUGCCACUCGCCGAAGGCCGGCCACCACAGAAAGCACGGCAAUGUGCACGGCACGAGGCAGGCCCCCAAGACAGACCGCGAGCUCAAGGGCCAGGAAAAGCAGACCACCGGCAAGGACGGCGACGCUCCUGCCACCAGACGGAUGUCGACGCCGGCGGAGCAAGGUCCGCGCGACCUGCAGACAAGAGAACUCACAGUCGACGACCGCAGCGAAGCUCCGGCUGCCGCUGUAACCGGAAGGCUGAUCAUUGCCAGACCCGCCUUCAUGCCACCCGUCGGAACUGACCAGCAGGGCCCCUCCAAGCAGGAGACCAGCAAGCUGGCGCCACCUGAUACGUUGGUCGGCCAGUCCCGGAGCCCGAUGGAAACGGGAGAGACGCCGAACAUUUCGCCAGCAAUCGACCGCGAACGAGGCCGCACACUCAAAUGCUCCUCUGCGGUCAGCACCGUGGUCUGCUGCUCCGUUGUCUUCGCCGUCGCGUCUAUCACAGUGGCCGCCAUCAUCGCCAUGAAGAAAGCUGUGCAGUCGUACGCCGCGCUAAGGAUGAGGCAGCACCUCGUCGAGGAACUGGGCAACAUUUGCGAGACCCACGGUUGCCGACAAGCGCUGUGGCUCAUCAACGCGUCAUGCCGAGCAUCCUUGGACAUUUGCGACGACUUCUACGGUUUUUUGUGCAGCCGGUGGGAUUGGAAAGCACCGACAGGCACUAAGGCCUUGUCCUAUAGCAAGAUACACGGUUAUAACUACAGCUCCUUGGUGGACGAGGCCCUUUUUGCCCGCACUCUAUCUUCACCACAGGCUAAAGGCACCGACGGCUAUAACAUAGCGCUGGUCUACAGUUCCUGCGUCAACUUCCUAGCCAACACAACAACAAAUCUGAACAACAUGUUCCAAGCGGCCAGCGUAAACCCCCGAGCUUUCCUCGAGGUUAAUGACUUCUCGCAGCUCUUUUCUCUGACGAUUCAGACCGUUGUUGCGACCAGACUGACGUCGGUCGUGACAGUGGUCUACCUGACGACGAACGCAACUGUCGGCGUCCUGACAGGAACCUCCAUGCGCUCGGCAUCUUUCAUACCGGAAAUUCAAAAAGCCUUGCUCGAGCAACUAGCCUCGUCACUCGGGGAUAGAAGGGUCUCCAAGAUGGUCGACGCGAUAGAGAAGCUAGACGAACUGAUUCAAAACAUCACCGAGCCUCAUUUAAAGAACACCGGGCUCAACGAAGCCUUGACGGCCAGAGCAGAUUUUCCAGCUCAUGGUGUAUACUGGAAGGAUGUCUUGAAAGAAUACGUUCUGCCUCGGUCAAAGCGCUUUCUCGUUGCACGUACGAACAGUGAACGCGCAAUUCAAAGCAUAGUUCAGAAACUGGCUUCAGCUCCCUUGGAGGUCGCCAAGGUCUACUUGAUCCUCGUUCCUUUCGCGAGAUACCUCAGUUUCGAGCUCAAAGUAGCAUCUCGAAGAGGCUUUUUGCUGGAUUAUAUGAAGGCCAACAUGUGCGUGCGCUACCUCUACGCAAUGUUCGGAACGAGGGCACAUGCUGUCCUAAUGGAAGUCAUGGGCAGUAGUAAGGCCGCAGUCCGGAGUAGGCAAAUGUGGCGGAAUUUAAAACGAAAAUCCCAAGUUCUGGUCGAGGUUGGCGCCGGCUUCACGCUCAGCAAAGACGCCCUACUGAACGCGACGCUCAAAUCUCAUAGCGACAACGUCAAGCCGGACGUCAACGGCGUGCUGCGAGCGCAGUACGGUAGCGAUUUCAUGGCCAACCUCAUAAUGCUGGCGAAGUACGCGGUGAAGCAGACGGAGCUGAAUCCCUCUCUGUUGCCUAUGGAGAGCGAAGCUGAAGUGGCAACAGAACACCUUGUGCCUGACUUUUACUACGACUCCGCCACAGAAGCCAGCGUCAACUAUGGGACUCUUGGCGGCUACAUGGCCCGGAUGCUUUUCGCCGCCGGCUUUCCCAAAAUAUAUUCUCCCACCGUUUCUACCAUUCAGAGAGCGGCCAUGGCCUCUGAGUGUGCAAAUCUCAAAGGCGCACCCGGUUCCUUGCAACACCUCCAGAUGGCGCUCACCUCCGCCGCAUUGUGGCCUACGCAAGAGGCCCCGUGUCUCCCAGAAGGCUUGCCCUUGGUGCGUAAAGUUCGCCGCCAGUGUUUCCCAGUAAACAUUACGGUUACAUAAGCUGCAGCUGCUGGAAAGUGAGAAGCAGUCAGUGAUCUUCACAUGUCAUCGCAUUCCACUUUUAAAGUUGAAGCUUAAGCGUCUUCAAAAUUUUUGCCUCUUGCAUGGGUAAAGUGUCCCAGAAAUAUUGGGCCCUGAAACACGCGCAUUACGGCUCAAUAUAAUUUAUGCUUAGCCAGAUCCUUUUGUGGUCACGCAAGGUUUCGCACUACACGUGCCAGCAACUGUAUUUUUAUGCCUAUUACUGAAUGCCCUCGAUUGAUCAUACGCCUACAAAAACUCAGAUAGGCAACAACGGCAUGUAACCUGUUUGGCGUACAUACUAUCAAAACAGGGCUCAAUUACAGUGGUUACAGUGGAACAUUGAUUAUUAAAAAUGAAGUGCAGUUCGACAUUGCUUCUUUCUUUCGGUUUUAUGCACAACACUACCUGGCAAAUUCUACACAGGAGUUUCCACACAUGCUCUUCAAUAGCAUUUAUUUUAUCAAUUUCCACAGAGCGCAGGCUGCAACAGGCUUAGAAACACCAGACCGAUUUGCUGGUUGACACAUUCAGUACAAGGCAGUAGUUGACAAAGCACUGCAUAGGAAUGUUUCUACUUCACGUUGGACACUGAACUGCCACAACACAGUCAACCCAGUAAAUUACGGCUGAAGUUCUAGGAA